AUGAACGCGCAGCUGACCAUGGAGGCGAUCGGCGAGCUGCACGGGGUGAGCCAUGAGCCGGUGCCCGCCCCUGCCGACCUGCUGGGCGGCAGCCCUCACGCGCGCAGCUCCGUGGGGCACCGCGGCAGCCACCUGCCUCCCGCGCACCCGCGGUCCAUGGGCAUGGCGUCCCUGCUGGACGGCGGCAGCGGAGGCAGCGAUUACCACCACCACCACCGCGCCCCUGAGCACAGCCUGGCUGGCCCCCUGCACCCCACCAUGACCAUGGCCUGUGAAACUCCCCCAGGUAUGAGCAUGCCGACCACCUACACCACCUUAACCCCUCUGCAGCCGCUGCCGCCCAUCUCCACCGUGUCCGACAAGUUCCCUCACCACCAUCACCACCACCAUCACCACCACCACCCACACCACCACCAGCGCCUGGCGGGCAACGUGAGCGGUAGUUUCACACUUAUGCGGGAUGAACGCGGGCUGGCCUCCAUGAAUAACCUCUAUACCCCCUACCACAAGGACGUGGCUAGCAUGGGCCAGAGCCUCUCGCCCCUCUCUGGCUCCGGUCUGGGCAGCAUUCACAACUCCCAGCAAGGGCUUCCCCACUAUGCCCAUCCCGGAGCGGCUAUGCCCACCGACAAGAUGCUCACCCCAAAUGGCUUUGAAGCUCACCACCCUGCCAUGCUCGGUCGCCACGGAGAGCAGCACCUCACGCCCACCUCGGCCGGCAUGGUGCCCAUCAACGGCCUUCCUCCACACCAUCCCCAUGCCCACCUGAAUGCCCAGGGCCACGGACAGCUCCUGGGCACAGCCCGGGAGCCCAACCCUUCGGUGACCGGCUCGCAGGUCAGCAAUGGAAGUAAUUCAGGGCAGAUGGAAGAGAUCAAUACCAAAGAGGUGGCGCAGCGUAUCACCACCGAGCUCAAACGUUACAGCAUCCCACAGGCCAUCUUCGCGCAGAGGGUGCUCUGCCGUUCCCAGGGGACCCUUUCGGACCUGCUGCGAAACCCCAAGCCCUGGAGCAAACUCAAGUCCGGCCGGGAGACCUUCCGGAGAAUGUGGAAGUGGCUGCAGGAGCCGGAGUUCCAGCGCAUGUCCGCGCUCCGCUUAGCAGCUUGCAAAAGGAAAGAGCAAGAACACGGGAAGGAUAGAGGCAACACCCCCAAAAAGCCCAGGCUGGUCUUCACAGACGUCCAACGUCGAACUCUACAUGCAAUAUUCAAGGAAAAUAAGCGUCCGUCCAAAGAAUUACAAAUCACCAUUUCCCAGCAGCUGGGGCUGGAGCUGAGCACUGUCAGCAACUUCUUCAUGAACGCGAGAAGGAGGAGUCUGGACAAAUGGCAAGACGAGGGCAGCUCCAAUUCAGGCAACUCCUCCUCUUCAUCAAGCACUUGUACCAAAGCAUGAAGGAAGAACCACGGACUAGAACCUCGGUGGAAAAGCUUUAAAUUUAAUUUAAAAAAAGAAAAAAAAAGUUUUUAAAGACCAGGACCUCGAGAUAGCAGGUUUAUACUUAGAAAUAUUUGAAGAAAUAAAAGUGGU